AUGGCAGAACGUGGCGGCGCAGGCCGCGUCAAGAACCGCGCCCCGGCGGCGGUCCAGAUCACCGCCGAGCAACUCUUGCGCGAGGCGGCCGACUUCCAGGAGAAGGUGACGCCCAAACCCAAGCAGCGCAUCGAGGACUUUGAGGAACUGCACGAGUACCGCGGGCGCAAGCGCCAGGAGUUCGAGGAGAUCAUCCGCAGGACAAGGAGCAACAUCCAGGCGUGGGUCAAGUACGCCAACUGGGAGGCGAGCCAGAACGAGUUCCCUCGCUCGCGGUCCGUCUUUGAGCGUGCCCUCGAUGUCGAGCCGUCCAGCAUCCGGCUAUGGCUCGCCUACUGCGAGAUGGAGCUCAAGGCGCGCAACAUCGCCCACGCGCGCAACCUGUUCGACCGCGCCGUCACGCUCCUCCCGCGCAUCGACCAGAUCUGGUACAAGUACGUCUUCCUCGAGGAGCUCCUCGGCAACGUCGCCGGCUCGCGCCAGGUGUUCGAGCGGUGGAUGGCGUGGGAGCCCGACGAGAAGGCGUGGUCGGCCUACAUCAAGAUGGAGGUGCGCUACGGCGAGUUCGACCGCGCGAGCAAGAUCUACGAGCGCAUGAUCAACUGCCACCCCGAGCCCAAGCACUUUGUCAAGUGGGCCAAGUUCGAGGAGGAGCGCUCCAACGUCGACCGCGCGCGCGAGAUCUACCAGCUCGGCUUCGAGUUCUUCGGCCAGGACGAGGAGGGCAUCGACAAGUCGCAGUCGCUGUACUCGGCCAUGGCCAAGAUGGAGGUCCGCCUCAAGGAGUACGAGCGUGCGCGCCUCAUCUACAAGUUCGCCCUCGACCGCCUGCCGCGCUCGCGCUCGACCCAGCUGUACGCCGCCUACUCGCACUUCGAGAAGCAGUUCGGCACGCGGUCCGGCAUCGAGGUGACGGUCCUCGGCAAGCGGCGGCUCCAGUACGAGGAGGAGCUCGCGCACGAGUCGCGCAAUUACGACGUCUGGUUCGACUAUGCGCGCCUCGAGGAGGACGCGUACCGCGGCGAGGAGGGCGCCGACGACGCGCUCAAGCGCGUCCGCGAGGUGUACGAGCGCGCCGUCGCCCAGGUGCCGCCGAGCGACGAGAAGCGGCACUGGCGGCGCUACAUCUUCCUGUGGCUCAACUACGCCCUGUUCGAGGAGCUCGACACCAAGGACCUGCAACGCGCCCGCGAGAUCUACCGAGCGUGCCUCAAGCUCGUCCCGCACAAGCGCUUCACGUUCGCCAAGGUCUGGCUCCAGUUUGCCGAGUUCGAGGUGCGGCAGCAGGACCUCGACGCGGCGCGCAAGAUCCUCGGCAUGGCGAUCGGCAUGGCGCCCAAGGAGAAGCUCUUCAAGGAGUACAUCGAGCUCGAGCUCAAGCUGCGCGAGUUUGACCGGUGCCGGAUACUGUAUCAAAAGUGGCUCGAGCACGACCCGUCGAACGCGUCGGCCUGGAUCAAGUUCACCGAGCUCGAGGGCCUCCUCCAGGACUACGACCGCGUGCGAGCCAUCUACGAGCUCGCCGUCGACCAGCCGUCGAUGGACAUGCCCGAGCUCGUGUGGAAGUCGUGGAUCGACUUUGAGUACGACGUCGACGAGUACGAGCGCGCGCGCGACCUGUACGAGCGCCUGCUGCGCCGCACGAGCCACGUCAAGGUGUGGGUCUCGUACGCCCAGUUCGAGGCCAACGUCGGCAUGGCCGAGGCGGCGGCGCUCAGCGGCGAGGGCGACGACGACGACGACGACGAGGGCGAGGCCGACAAGCAGCCGGUCGAGGUCGACCACGAGGCGGUCGAGGAGGCCAAGCGCCAGGGGCUCGAGCGCGCGCGCAAGGUCUUCGAGCGUGGGUACGCCGACCUCAAGCAGAAGAAGCUCAAGGAGGAGCGUGUCGUCCUGCUCGAGGCGUGGAAGGCGCUCGAGUCGGCCCAGGGCGAUGCCGCCUCGCUCGCCAAGGUCGAGGCCAUGCUCCCUCGUGUCGUCAAGAAGAUGCGCAAGGUCGACGAGUCGGGCAUGAUGGAGGAGUACUACGACAUGCUCUUUGCCGACGACGAGGAGAACAAGUCGGCCGCGAGCCUCAAGUUCCUCCAGCUCGCCGCCGAGUGGAAGAAGAAGCAGGCCAUCAUGGAGCAGCAGGCGGCGGCCGCCGCGCCCGAGCCCGUCGCCGUGCAGGAGGAGCUGGCCGAGGAGCGCGAGGGCGCAGACGAGGACGAGGAGCGCGAGGCGGGCACGCGGGACGAGGGCGCCGAGCGGGUCGAGGCCAUCUCGGUCUCUUACCAGAUGCUCGCCUUUGGCGGCAACCUCACCGAGCUCGGCGUUCGAGGCGCCAUCAUGGAGAGCGGCGCGCCCGGGACCAGCUUCGCCCUCGACCACACGUCGUCGUACCCGGCCAAGAAGUGGCUCGCCGAGGACGCCAAGAACGUCAUCAUGCUCCAGAAGACGGGCUGCACUGGCGCCGUCGACGAGAUCGCGUGCCUCAAGAGCGCGACGACGACCCAGAUCCUGUCGGCCCAGUCGACCAUCGUGCGUCGACCGUUCCUCGCCGGCCCUCCUGUCUUUCUCAAGCCGCGAUGA